CCGCCACAAGCCCGCUGCUCUCGCGAGAGGGUGCGUGGGCGGAAGCGCAGUGUUCUGCCGCAGGAUGCGGUUCCUGCUCUGGUUCGUGCUCCUAUGGAGUGUUGUUAUCUCGACCGGAGCCAACGUUGAUCCUAAAGGAGGAGAGCCCGCCAACUCUGCGGCCCCCCCAAGAAAGGAGUCCCACCAGAAGGAUGCCAGCGCUGCCGGCCACCCAGCGGAACCCUCAGCCUCGAGGGCGGCUUCCAAUGCAGACUCGGGGGCCGGAAGCGGGCCUGCCAGUAGUAAAGCAAAGAACCAGCCGACCAAACCAGGAACAAACUCGGCAGCCAACGUAGGAAAUGAAAAUCCCACCGACCAGGGAGAUGACUCCGGGCGGGAGGCAGAAGAGAGUAAGCCCUCCGAACAGACAGAGGACUCCUCACCGGACACAGAAAAGAAGCCCAGCGACCGGGAAGAGAAGUCCUCACCCAAGACAGAAAGGAAUAAGUCCACCAACACAGGAGGGGACAACUCCGCCGACCACAAAAACGAAUCCCCACUAGGCAAAGGAAAGGAUGACGCCCAGGAAGCUAACUCUGCAGUGGAGACAGGAAGGAAUGAGCCCACCAACGACCCGGCAAAGAAUUCCCUACCUAAAACAGAAGGGAAUAAUCCCAUCAGUAAAGGAGGGGACAAGUCCAAUGACCAGAAAAGCAAUUCCCCACCUAAGUCCACCAACACAGGAGGGGACAACUCUGCCGACCACAAAAACGAAUCCCCACCAAACACAGGAAAGGAUGAGCUCAACGACCAGGAAGCUAACUCUGCAAUGGAGGCAGUAAGGAAUGAGCCCACCAAGACAGGAAAGGACAACUCUAACGACCAGGAAAAGGACUCUCCACCGGGCACAGGAAGGGAUGAGCCCACUGAUCUGAAAAACGGCUUGCCAAGCGACUCAGAAAAGAGCUCCCUAACUAACACAGAAAAGGACAAACUGACCAGCCCCAAAGAGGGCAAGACAGAGGACUCCUCACCGGACACAGAAAAGGAUAAGUCCGGCAACACAGAAAAGAAGCCCAGCGACCAGGAAGAGAAGUCCUCACCCAAGACAGAAGAGGCCAAUCAGGGGACCGACACAGGAAAGGGCAAAUAUGAAGCUGGCCCAGGGGAGUCCAAAUCCGACACAAAAGACAGACCUGAACUAACCUCUGAUUCUGAUAAAGAGUUUCUUGAGUUUAAUCCUGGUGAAGCAUUUAAAGAACAGUCACCAAAAAACAAUUUGAAUCAUCCAUCAGACAAUAUUGAACAUGGCAUCCCUUAUCUGAAGGAGAGUGGCCCUGGCAAGGAAAAUUCAGAGAGCAGCCACUUUUUUGCAUACUUAGUCACAGCAGCCAUCCUGGUAGCUGUCCUGUACAUUGCCUAUCACAACAAGCGAAAGAUUAUUGCUUUUGCCCUGGAAGGAAAGCGAGCCAAAGUCACCAGGAGACCAAAGGCCAGUGACUACCAACGCUUGGACCAGAAGAUCUGAUUUCAUCUUGAGAAAUAUGCCCACCCUACUGCUUUGUGUCUGAAGUACAAGAGCCCUGAAGAAUGGUGCCUGAACUGGGACUCUUGGGCGAGUCUGGGCCAGUCAAGGCAGGGGAUGGUUUCUUCUUUGCACCUGCACUUUGAUAAAAAUCAGACUCCCUAUGUUUUCUGGUUGUUAUGCUGUUUUCUUCCGUUCUUUCCUCCUCUCUGGAUGAGUGAAGAGGAGCAAGAGCUUAUUGGGCUGUGACCAAAGGAAAAUCCUAGCCCGGGAUGUGCUGUUGCUGCACUUCUCCCCUGGGGCUUUGUGGUAGAAAGGUUUGCCUUAGCAGGAAGCUUUGCACUCUUUGACUGUUUCUCUCUGCCAGCUCCAGAACAGACCCAAGUUAGGAUAUUUCUCAGGCCCUACUCAUGUAAGAGAUGGUAAUGACCAAAGGGGGAAGAGAUUUGAGAAUUCUUCAACAUUUGUGGAAUCCUACCAUGCAGUGUAAAUUAUUCAUUCUUCCUAAUGUUUGCAGAUUGCUUCAGGAAAACUACCAAUGAGGGAAACAACUUCCCUUCACUUGCACUGAAUUUCUAUUUGGCUCUGGUUUUUGGGAGCAAAGCCCCUAGGUUAAGUUAUUUAGAAUUCUAAAAUUAUCAUUUAUAAAGGUCCAAAUUUUCAUCCAUAGGCACAGUAAAAAUCUGUAGAGGAGAACCAUAUCAUUUUCAUCAAAAGAUUUUUUGAAUUGAGCAGAUUUCCCAUUAAACCCAGUUUGCAUUUGUCAUUGACGUCACUUUUCCAAGAACUUCCUGGCCAGUUGGACUUACUCUGUUUGCAGGGGUUCUGGAGAACCUCUGGUGGUCCUGUGGGCAGAGCUGCUCUGCUAUGUCCGGGGUAAUAAGGCAGGAGGUGUGGUUUGGUUUUACUGCCAGAAACAUUGUUUAAAGUAAGUUAGUCACAGGAGAGUUGCUUUUAUUGGUUUGUUCCAGAGAAUCUGAAAGAACUUUGGGUAAAGGGAAAGCCCGAGCAGAAGAGCUUACCUCAGGGAAAGCCAGAGAAUCCAGCUACAAACAAGCCAGUGCACUGCCUGGAAGUUUGCCGGAAGUUCAUUUCAAAUUGUCAUAUGGAUUCUCACUCCUUUCAGAUUGUGGGAACUCUGUGGCUUGAGUUGACCAAUUUUUCUCAUUUCUGCUUCUCUCAUUGAGUAGAACAAGGUCCUGUCACCUAGUUUAAUCUUUGCUCAUAUCUCUGCUUCUUUGUGUCAUCCCUCACUGCACAAAAGUAACAAAGUUAUUUCAUCCUAUAGCAGACUCCCCAUCCCCAACUUUGCAUGUUUUUCUCCCUUUUUUCCCAAGACCCUUCAUAGUUUGCCUUCUCUCCAGUUGCAGCUUUGAGCAUUUUUAGUUUCUCCCUCUCUUAUUAGUCCUAAGCACGCAGCCUGCCUCUUCUCUUUACCUCUCUUCCUUUUAGUGAUCACUCUUUCAUUCUCCUUGUCACUGCCCAAUUUUUCAAGCAAGUGACAUUUUACAGUCUGUCCUUCCUCCUCUGGUUUGGUGAUAUUACUUCUUUUUCCCUCUCCAUCUCCAGCUGCUCUUUUUUGGAACAUCUUGCUUCUCUUCAUCCUGCCCCCUUACAACAGUGAACGUGCUUCAACACCUGUCAUUCUACUACUUACUCAGGGAACUCCUUCACUGUGUGACUUGGUGUCUUGAACCCCAGCUUCCCUCAUGAGCCCAAGUCUUGCAUCUCACUGGCUGAGUGUUUCCUCCUAGGUGUUUGGCUCCCUGUCCCUUAGAACUCAGCAAGGCUAAAACCAGACUCAUGCCCAUCCUUCGAACUGUUUCCUCACUCCCAACUUAGCCUGUUUCUUACAGUCACUUUAAUUCUUCCUGUUCCCCAGGUCCCAUUACUCUUCAAGCAGAACUAUAUUGACUCUUCAUUUAACAUGUCUCUCACUUCUGUCUUUGUUUUGUUUGUUUAGUUUCAACUGUCAUUCACCUAAUCCAGACCUUCUCAUCUCACCCCUGAAUGAUUGUAGUGGCCUUUCAACUGAUCCUGUUUUCUCCAGUCUCUUUCCCCCUUUUCUUUCACCUUAGGCAGCUGACAGCUUCAUUUUCCUGAAACAUUCCUUUCACUACAUUUUUCUGCUCAAAAAGCUCCCAUUGCCUCAGAAUAAAUCCAGGUUUCCUUGCACAGUGUUCAAAACUCAACAAUCAAAUACCAGUUUAGCUGUAAGCUUAACUCUUCUGUGUCAGAAUACUUGUUUUGUGCUAAAAUCUGAGCAAUCUUACCACUAACCUGUGAAUUACCUGCUUACUCUUGAUUGUGCCAGUUCCCAUUCCACUACCACCCCUCCAUCCUCACCUAUAUCCUCCAUUCCCACCUUUUUCACCUUGAACAGUUCAUAUGCAUUAUUUUCUUUGAGCUCCCUAACCAUUUACUAACUUGUUCGAGCAUUUAGAAAUUUAAACAUUUGUGGUUUUGUUUUAAUAUUCAGACAUUUAGAAUGGACGUAGUUUUGUCUUCUCGGUUGAAAUCAUUACUCUGUCUUGCUUGGUAAAUACUGGAAUUCCUAUAGCCAAAGUUUGCCAUUUGGCAAGUAGUCACUUAAAGAUUUCAGCUGUUUAGGAAUUCUGGUUCCGCCUAAAGAAGAAUACAAGGUAGAAGAAUUUUAUGGUAUUGAGAAUUUUAACCUUAUUAGGACAGUAUGAUGCUGCAUUAACAGACUUGCGCCUAAAGAAGAAUACAAGGUAGAAGAAUUUUAUGGUAUUGAGAAUUUUAACCUUAUUAGGGCAGUAUGAUGCUGCAUUAACAGACUUGAUCUUUCCAAUAAAAAUUGGAAAUUGUAAUUUCUUGAAUCAAGGAAGGAGCUGGGUUUUUUAAUACUGAAAUAGAGCAAAGAGCUUAAGAUUUUUUCACUUCCAAAACUCUUGUCAAGGAGGACUUUGGAGCUAGAUGGCAGUUUGGGAAAUUUGGGGCCAGUUUCUCCAGAAUUUUUUUCUCAAGUAUCUUUUAGGCGGCCAGACUCUGGCCAGAAAUUUGGGAAUAAAGACAAAAUUUCAGGAGCUACUUUUGAAAAGGGCUGAAUAACACCUUCCUUCUCCCCUUGCCCUCCCCCCAAAUCAGCUAAAUAGCUAUGCAUUUCUGUCCUAUUUCUAUGGUAAUUUUUUUUCUGUUAAUUUUUUAAAGGAAUUUUGGUAAAAUUCUUUCAUCCUCCUUAAAAUCUCACGUAGCUGAAUCCGACUUAGAAUCCUUUAUACAUACGGUUUUGAAACAGUUGAGAAACCUGGGAAGAACCUGGACAGUACAUCAGACCCAGUUGCUUGGACAUUCUGCCAGAAGGUAGGAGUUGGAGACUGACAAGGUUUUUGCCUGUAAACCAUCUGGGCUUAGUUAGAAUAUUCUGUGCCAUAGUCUGUUCUGCGUAUCAAGCAAAGCUUUCCCAAAUAACUUUAUCUUGAGAUUUAUUCACACCUAAGGUUGGAAUUUAUGAGCUGUGAUUUUUAUUUCCAACUGCAUUGCAACCAGCUUCUUUUAAAAAGCUUUCAGUCAUUGAUAUCUGUGUUCUGUGAUUCCCAAGUCUGCCUUGCAAAAAGGAGUCAUUGACUUCACAUUAUCGCCGUUCUGGGUUAUCUGACCCAUUUCCUUCUUGGUGGAUUGAUAUAUAGUGUUCCAAACUUUUCCAAAUUACACCAAUAAAUCACCUGAUUUGUUAAAAGUUA